ACUUUAGUUUGUUGUCUGAGAUGGAGGCUUGCGGGGCGGAAGUGUGCCCGGGUGACGAAACCAGCGGGGCGGAAGCGGGGCCUGAGGAAGGGGAAGAAGCGGCUUUUAAAAAGGCGCCUUAAUCGGAUUUACGGGUUGGUUUUACCCUCGGGUGCCGGGCGGGCAGGGGACUGCAGCCACCAUGGGGGUAUCGGACGAUGCGAAUAAGACGUUGUUUAUCGGGAACUUGGACAUUAAAGUGACGGAGGAGCUCCUGUUCGAGCUGUUCCUCCAGGCUGGCCCGCUAUUGGCGGUAAAAAUUCCUCGGGAUAAAGACGGGAAAUCAAAACUGUUCGCGUUCGUGAAUUUUAAGCACGAGGAGUCGGUCCAUUACGGGAAGGAUUUGCUGAAUGGAAUCCAGCUGUAUGGCAGGGCAAUCAAAGUCCAGUUCAGAUCAGGUAGUUCUCAUGAAUCUCGGGAAGGAAGCCAAUCUCAGAAUUCAAAUGCUUCUCCUGGCCCCUACCAGACCUCAAAUGCUUCUCCUGGCCCCUACCAGACCAGCCAGUUCAAUAAUAAUCGAUUUGCAACUGCACAAAAUGUACAGAGAUCAUUUUCUACACCUGAUAAUCUUCAAAGGCAGGUCAUGGUAAACAAUAUGUGGCAGCAGCAUGCCAGGGGAGGGCCGCAGACUUGCAGUUCUUCUGUGCAACAGCCAAGCACCAAUAAUCGUUCCAACCAGCAGCAAACAAAUCGAGGAAUGCCUUCAAGCUCGCAAAUGGCACCUCAGAAUUUGGCCAAUCCAAAUUCACAUACUGCGUGGAAUUUAGAAAAAAUAUCUGGCACCCAAAGGCAACAAGCAUAUAGUUCCUAUCCGUCUGACAACGGUCAUUACCCACGAGAGGCUCGCUUCCAAGAUCACAAUCCCGACUGGCACUAUCGGGGAAACCGUGAGUCUGAGUACCGACAAGACCAAACUUCUCAUCACAGCAGAAAUUGGGAGCAUGAAUAUAAUGCUCAAAGAGAGGUCUCCAGAGGUGGGAGAUGGCGAGGAAAUCGGCAGUAAACUGACACAGUGUUGGAUGGUGGGAGUUAACCAAUUCAAUUUUUCUCUUGAGAUUAGAUUGCAAUUUAACAAAAUUGUUUUUUUUAAAAAGAUGAGUUAUUUUCUCUAAUGUACAAGUUGAGUUCCUCUUUCAGUUUACAUAAAUAUCAAUUUUUCAUCAGUGCCAGUUUCUGCUUCAGUAGUACUUGUAAACUUGUUCUGCACAUUGCUCAGGAUGAGAGUGACGGAGUUGUAUAACAUUGCAUUUCGCUUAAAUUAUCUCUGACCUCCUCCCCCCCCCCCCCCCCCCCCCCCCCAACUCUCUCAUUAAGUGAUUCUGGUUUUGCAGUGCAUGGUGCGCCCGUUAUGGAAUUAUCUUUGCAGUUUUAAUGAAAGUAUUAUGUACAACAGAGCAAAUAACUUGUAAAUGAUUUGUAUCUUGCAUGUGAGUAGAAAUGUAAUUGUAACGUGAAAGCAAUAGUUUUGAGUACUAAUGCAAAGAAUAGAACUGGACUUUUUAUAUUGAUUAUAUAAAUCAGCAUUCUCUUCCAUUUUACCUUCUAAUGUAUCUUGGGAGCAAUGACCAACCUCUGAAUAAAUAAGUAGCAGUGCCCAAUCCUUUUAACAGUUGACCUGUAUCAGGUGCUCUGCUUGUCUCCUGUACAUAUACCUCAGCACAUCAUGGUGUGUGGAUAUCUUUUUAAAAGUCUGGCAGCAGGGAGGAUCUGCCUGCAACUGUUCAGUCCUUAUCGUGAACCUUAGAACUUCCAGUCAAAACAAUUGAAUUCCACUGUAUUUGUAAUUAAUUCUUGCGUCACAAGGGGGUUUUCCUUGGCACAAUGAUCAGUGUUUGAUAGAUUGGAAUUCUCCAAGCUGCCAUCAAUCUGCAAUAAAAAUUACUUCAGAAUAGGAUAAUGGUUUGGAUAUUGAAUAAUUGCGGAGAACCUGCUUUUAAAGGAUCAACUCUAGCGAAGAUAAAGGAGAUUUUGAAUUUGAUAGUAUCUGAGCCUGCAUAGGAAGUUGGCUCACUCCUAAAUUAAAUCUAAUUUAGCAGUUUGGAAUGCGGGAAAGAAGUAACUGCUAAUUUGACCCAUCUUGUUUUACAACUUGUCUACAACUCUCUUUUACAAUAUUUAAUACCAGGCAUUGAUCCCCAUACUUAAUCCAAUGGAGUGGCAUCUAUUCUUGUAUUAUGGUUGCUGUUUUUCUUCCAAAUCAUCUAAUUAUUUUAUCAGUAUGUAUUGAGUAUAUAAAAGGACGCUGUUUAAUCUGUUUGGAGUGGGGAUGAGUGAGUAGUAGUUUUCGCGCAGGUAAAUUCUAGUUACAAUGAAUAAUUGUAGAGUUCGCAGAUUUCCAAUUAUAUUGCUUAUUUGUUUUUUGUUCCGCAGUCAAUAUUUUUAACACUGCUUCCAGUUAAAUAUUCUAAUUUGUUUUCCUCGUAAAACUGGGCUUUCCAAACUAUUCAACUUUGCUUUGUACCUAUUUGUAGCUGCAUAUGAAGAACAAAUUUGUAUUUUUGGUGUAAUGAAAAAUCUUUUAUAAACUAAAUUAGGCAAUUUUUAAUUGACAUUUUUUUAAUGUAACUUUAGGGUGGGGAUGGGUGAGAGAAAUGCAAAACUUGAGGUUUUCAAAAGGACUAGAAUUUUUCCAGUGCAGUGUUGGCUGCUUUACUCUUCUAUAUCCUAACAGCUUUUGUAUUAAAAUAAAUGUCUAUUCAAUACUGUCCUGUUUUUCUUUGGAAUGAUGUAAGAAGGUAACCUGAGAAAAAUAUUGCAGAAUUGUAAAUACAAAGAAAAGUUGUACCUAGUUGAAGUUAUUUUAAUUAGCUGUUGUACAGCUAUAUUUUCAACUAUUUAAAUGUGCAAUAUUUUAAUAGAAUGAUAUGUUUGUGAUCUGAAUUUCAGUUCUGACAACUUUGGAAUCUACUUUUCAUUGAAGAUGUAUUGUCAUGUCAAUUGCUAUUCUUCACGCACCAGAUAAAAAUAUAUUCAACAUUAA